CGUUGUGUGUAGUUCGGUUAAAUUAAAUCCAAGGGGAUGAGUUACAUAUGACAUAAUAAAAACGAAUUCGACGGUGAACUGUACCGAUUCACGCAUACACGAGGUAAGGAAAGAUGAUCUCUGAAAUGAGAUUGCUCUUUUCUGAUGGUUAUGGGGAAUGCAGUAUGUGAAAACAUUGACUAAAGAUCCUUUAGGAAAAUUAUGAAAAUACAGUAGCCGGAAAAGCGUUGAUUGGCUGACGGCACGUCACGGUCAUCAAGUCUACUUGUUGGGUCGUCGUCUGGAAUGCAGUAGGAGACUUGAGAACAGGCGAACGAACGCACCUAGAAUAUUUUUGACGUGUAUGGGAAAAGUUGAAUUGGUGGGGAACGUAUGUGAACACGUAAGGGACUGGCAAGUGGCAACGUAUAUGCGGACGACAGUUAUGAAUCGUUCGCUUUAAUUGCGAACGGAAGUAUUAGGAAGCAUAGCUGUAAUAAAAUGCCAGAUACUAUAGAGUGCAAGAUUAGGCUAGUGCUAAGUGGUCGAAGUUUAAAUGACAGUGACGAUUUAUGUGACUUUUCACUUGCUGAACAAAAUGAAGCAAUAGAAGCCAAAGGAAUUCAGCCUACAGCUACUUCUGACUAUGUUCCGAUUUGUCAGAAGACUGUAACAUAUGUAGUGGCAGCUGUGUUGAUUAAUGACAAUGAUGAAGUAUUGAUGAUGCAAGAGGCAAAAGCUGCUUGUGCUGGAAAAUGGUAUCUUCCUGCUGGGAGGGUGGAACCAGGCGAGGAAUUGACCGAUGCUCUGAGAAGAGAAGUCUUAGAAGAGACUGGAAUAAUCGUGGAGCCAAAAUCUUUAGUAAUGGUUGAAUGUGCAACUGGGUCUUGGUUUCGGUUUGUCAUGACGGGAAAUGUGAUCGGUGGCAAUCUGAAAACUCCGGAACAAGCUGAUGAAGAGUCGCUGCAAGCAUGUUGGAUUCAGAAUGUUGAGGAUUUAUCCCUUAGAGCCAUUGAUAUUAUACCAUUGAUACGAAGAGUCAGAGAAUACAAGCAAGGCCUGAACCCUCCGUGGCAUUCAGAAUUGCUCCCUGUACCCACUCCUCAUCAUAAACUUUAUUUAAGAUUGAUUGUCUGCAUAAAGAAGAAAGCAACCAAUAGAAUGCACGUUCUGCUAUCAGAGAGAACUGAAUAUCAUUUACCUAUUUGUGAGAUAAAUCCGAGACGAAAUCUUCAUUCCACGCUACAUAAAUUCAUGGUGGAAAUUUUUGGUGCUGAUGUAGCUCAACAUAGACCACAUGGCUUGCUAUCUGUAGAAUACGCCGGAGGGCAUGGAGAGGAUGGUCUAUGUUUGACAAUGCUGGUUGCUUUUCGACCUCCUUUAGAGGAGGUCCCUAUUAUUGGAAAGUUUGUGUGGCAUGAACUCUCUCAAUCUCUCGGUGAUGCUCUAGUGUCUGUUACUCCAAGGAACAUGACAAUACCCCUCAAGGUAGUACGUUAAAUUUAGAAGAUGAACUGAAAAUUUUUUGAGACAAUGGAAUCUGGAAUAGCUAAUAUUAUCAAGGUAGCUAUAAUGAUAUGUGCGAUCUGUUAUGAAGAAAUUUAAGUGGGAAUUAUUACGAUUUCGAAUCAAAAUAAUCAAUGUUUUUUCAUGUUGGACUGGUUUUGCUAAAAAAUUUCUAGUUUAUACAAAUUAUAAUGACCCAAAGUGCGGUUCAAUUUUGCUAUGACUUCUGUUCAAUGGUAUUCAGUACUUGCUUUGAGGAAGAAUAAAAGUGUACCCGCACUUGUUGAAUUUAUUAUAAAAGUUAUACAGAAUCUAACGUAUGUAUUUAACCAACGGCAUUAAUCCCAAUUCCGAGUGACAUUGUUUUAUUUGUGCAAUGUUUGAUAGCAUAAUCGGAUCAGGUGGUUGUAUUAUAAUGACAUUCCAUGUCAAAUUUGGCUAGGUAUUUUUAACAAUGAUUAUUUAUAAUAACUUUAUGCUUACCAUUUCCAAAUAAUUUGUUACUUUUACUUUGUUAUCGUUGCUACUUUUUAUGAUUGAAAUUUGUAUGAUAAAUUUAUUUCAAAGUUGGAAAA